CGGCUGAUCACGUUUGCCGUGGUUCUGCGGCGAAUACGCAGCAAUACGAUAACCUGCGCCUCCUCACAAUCUCCAGUGAGCUUGGCCGCCGCAGCGCUGGCGCCUUGGUGGCUCCCCGACGCCCUGCCAUAAAAACAGGCAUCAGUGCCUGGAGGCUGCAGCCCGCUCCUGCGGCGCGCGCGAGCCGAGAUGAGUGAAGACGCAGCCGACGAGACCGCCAUCGCUGCUGCGAUUUUUGCGGUCGACGUGGCGCUCCCGUUCGACCCUUAUACGACAAAAAGGGUCGAACCUGGUGGCCGGCUCGUACUGCGCUGUGCGCGCAACCUCAAUCUCAACGAAGAUGAGGUGUUUGAUGCGCUGGCAGCAUACAAGCAAUUUAUGGUACUGAAGGCCGUUUGCAAAGAUUUCGAUGCGACGAAGUUAUCACCGCCGCCGCUCGUCGACGAAAUUUGGCACGAACACAUCCUUGAUACCCGAGGGUACCGCGCGUUUUGCGACGCGGCGUUCAAGCAAUUCGUGGAUCACGAUCCGGACGGGGUCCUGGACUGCGGCGCCCGCCGCGUGCGCCGCGAGAGGACACUCCACAAGCUGAAGGAAUGCUUCGAGGACGAGUACGACAGGCAUAUCUGGACCUAUCCUCUGGAAAAUUCCUUCAAGCGCAAAUACGCCGUCGUGCGGGACGAGCAGGGGCCGCAGCCGUCGACAUCCGGCGGCAGUCUGAACAUCCGCGUCCGUUCCGCGUCCGGAAGGGAGGAGUACUUCAAGGUCAUGCCGACGACGCCCCUGGAGCGAGUCUUCGACGCCUGGUCUACCCAGGUGGGUGUCUGUGCGGCGAGCGUGAGAUUCCUCUUCGACGGCUCGCGCGUCCGCUGCGACCAGACGCCUGCCGACAUCGGUAUGGAGGACGGCGACCAGCUCGACUGCAUAGCAGAGAUGCGAGGUUGCUGAGAGAGGUUCAACGCAAGUGUAUGUAAGUGUUCAAGUAGAAUGAGUUACUCAGGGGCCAGGGCCACGCGCGC